UUCACCGUUCCAAUACGCACAAUACUUGGAGGCCACGAUUUCGGCAAUACAACAAACAAAACACUUUUGCAAAACUCCAUAAACAGUACAAACAAUGUUAUCAUUACGUCGUCGACGGUGAUGAGUAGAGGCACAGACAAUUCAUCAAACUCUUCAUCUGGGAAGGUUGAAAUGUUGUUCACUUGGGUGUUCGUAGCGUGCGUCGUUUUGGCAUUGUUGCUGAUUGUUUCGCUGUGUAUGGUUAUUGUUUGUUGGAGAAGUAAAAGACGACGAAGAACCGCCACGGUGACGGACGUGAGAAAAGGUGCUAACCCCGUUAAAGAACGGAAGAGAGGCAGAACAAAUCUACGUAAUUCAAUCAAAAGAGUGUUUGUGUCAGAUGGUCCGUUGUAUGCAGUUAGUAACUUGAGUGGCAGUCGUUAUACGGACAUUCGUGCGGGACAAAAUCAGCAAAACUCGGAUUCUGCCAGAUCUAGUCCGGAGAUUGUAGCUGAUAACCAAAGUCAUAUCUCCAGGGAUAACCAGCGUGUCGUUUAUGAACGAUAUCUUAGUCCAAUAGAGAGUGCCCCAACACAACCCGAGUCGGUCACUCCGAUCGAUAGAGGAGAUGAAACAUAUUUACAACCAAUAGAUGAGCUUAGGGCGUCCAAGAGAUUUUUGCAGCGUUCGAGGAAUGACAGCCCAGAACCAGAUGAUCCCGAAACGUAUUUGGAGCCAUUGCAUGGAAUACCUGUGCCGGACGAUAUUCAACCGAAGGCACCGAGCACUAAAACAAGUUCUAAACCUGUCACAAGCCCGAAACCGACAGUGAAAGCUAAACCUAAAUAACGCAUGCGUGGUACAAUCAAUCAGCACAACCCCGUCAGUGGACGUGUACUAAUCAGAGUGCACAUAUUACCGCAAACAUUGUUGAAAAGAUCCACAUAUGAUUGGGUUGGUAAAGAUGACUGAUGACUC